AUGGAGAAUCCCAAUGCUAAAGCUCAGAGACACAGACAGCUGAGAUCAAACAACAUCGACCCAAUCAAACAAAUGAGAGAGAACCAUCCUUCCACAAACUCCGAGGACGACCAGCGAUCCUCCCUGCUGGAUCUGGCGCGCGCCGAAAUCACGGAAUCAUCCAACUCCAAGACCCGAACUUACGGGGGGUUUCCGGAUCCGGGUUCCGGGUCGGGCCCGUCGGAGCCACAGGCACCGUUCCCGGACCAGGUCCUGGAGAACGUGCUGGAGAACGUGCUCCACUUCCUUUCCUCGCGACGCGACCGCAACGCCGCCUCAUUGGUGUGCCGCUCCUGGUACCGUGCGGAGGCCCUCACCCGAUCCGAACUCUUCAUCGGGAACUGCUACGCGCUCUCCCCCACCCGCGCCACCACGCGUUUCACGCGCAUCAAGUCCGUCACCGUCAAGGGCAAGCCGCGCUUCGCGGACUUCGAUCUGAUGCCGCCCGAUUGGGGGGCCCACUUCACGCCUUGGGCCUCCGCCUUGGCCCAGGCCUACCCCUGGCUCGAGAAGCUCCAUCUCAAACGCAUGAUCGUCACCGACGCCGACCUCACCCUCCUCGCCGACUCUUUCCCCGACUUCCGCGAACUCGUUCUAGUCUGCUGCGACGGCUUCGGCACUCCCGGUCUUGGCGCCGUCGCUGCUAAGUGCAGGUACAGAUCUCACCUUUACUCCUCCAAUAAACUUUUACUGCUUAGAGUGCUUGAGCUUGUGGAAUCUGUGGUGGAGGCUGUGGGCGAUGAGGAAGUGGAUUGGAUUUCGUGUUUUCCCGACAGCCAGACCAACAUGGAGUCUCUUGUGUUUGAUUGUAUUGAGUGUCCUAUUAAUUUUGAGGCUUUGGACAGUUUAGUGGCUAGGUCGCCUCGUUUGAAGAAGCUUCGUUUGAACCAAUUUGUUUCCAUGGCUCAGCUCCAUCGUUUACUGCUUCGAGCCCCGCAGCUUACUCACCUUGGAACAGGCUCCUUCAGUGCUAAUGAUCCCGGGGGCGUCGGUGAGCUGGUGCAGGAUUACACGACGGCGUUUGAGGCCUGUAGAUCCUUGGUUUGCCUGUCUGGAUUCAGGGAGAUUUGGGCCGAUUACCUUCCGACGAUUUAUCCGGUCUGUGCGAAUCUGACCUCGUUGAAUUUGAGCUAUGCUGAUGUUAAUGCUCAUCAGCUGAAGCCGGUCAUUCGCCACUGUCAUAAGCUGCAGAUAUUCUGGGUACUUGAUUCUAUAUGUGAUGAAGGACUUCAGGCAGUGGCUGCUACUUGCAAGGACUUGCGUGAGCUUCGGGUUUUUCCUGUGGAUGCAAGGGAGGGGACUGAAGGGCCUGUCUCUGAGGUGGGGUUUGAAGCCAUUUCACAAGGUUGUAGGAAGUUGGAAUCGAUUUUGUAUUUCUGCCAGAGGAUGACUAAUGCGGCUGUGGUGGCUAUGUCAAAGAACUGCCCAGAUCUUGUGGUGUUUCGUUUGUGUAUUAUUGGGCGGUACAGACCAGAUCCUGUGACGCAGGAACCCAUGGAUGAGGGUUUUGGUGCUAUUGUUAUGAAUUGCAAGAAGCUCACUAGGCUAGCUGUGUCUGGUUUGCUGACUGAUCGUGCUUUUGAGUACAUUGGGAGGUAUGGGAAAUUGGUUAGGACACUGUCGGUUGCCUUUGCUGGGGACACUGACAUGGGCCUUAAGUAUGUGCUUGAAGGAUGCCCUAAUUUGCAAAAGCUUGAAAUUAGGGAUAGUCCUUUUGGGGAUGGAGCUCUGCGAUCCGGUUUGCAUCAUUACUAUAACAUGAGAUUCCUCUGGAUGUCGACCUGUAAGUUGACGCGCCAAGCUUGCCAAGAGGUUGCACAAGCAUUGCCCAACCUGGUUUUGGAAGUCAUCAACAACAGUGAGGAGAAUGCAGGUGAUGAUAUUGAGGUAUUGUACAUGUAUCGGUCUCUUGAUGGGCCACGGGAUGAUGCCCCAAUAUUUGUUAACAUCCUGCAUUAG